GCUCAGCAGAUUGAUUUUUUUUACGCUAUCAUUUUUUUUUUCACUAUUUCGUCUUGUGACCGUAAUUUGUGAACGUUGCUUACAGUCUAACUCAAAAAUAGUUGAGUUACUUGAGUUCAUCUACAAAUAUUUAGUACAAUUAUCAAAACUACUCUACAGCAUAUUCAAACCACGAUGGUUCUUGAAGUAGAUGGUAUCAAACUUGAAACUGCACCAUGGGAUCCUCGUUUCCCAAAUACCAAUCAAACCAAGUACUGUUAUCAAAGCUUUUUGGAUUAUCAACGUUGCAAAAAAAUAAGAGGUGAAGAGUUUGAUGCAUGCCAGUAUUACAAACGUGUCUCCAAGUCCAUUUGUCCAAAUGCAUGGAUUGAUAAAUGGAACACUCAAAUCGAAGAAAAUCGAUUCCCUGGCAAUAUUUAAUUUCUUGAACUUAUAAAAAUACUUAAUAAAAACUAGUGUUCUUUACAAAUGUAUUACUUAUGUGUGACAUUUUCUUGUCUAAAGUUUUAUGUUACUAAUUAUGUGAACAAUUAGGCAUACAAUAAAUAUUCAUUGUUUUACACAUUUUUUUUGUGUUAAUUAGUGAUAAUAAAAACAAUGCAUAAAACAUUUA